CAGCCUCAGUAAUAGUUGAUCAUUUUUUAGACAUAUUUUCUUGGAAAUGUUUACUAAACGCGUUGAUCAAUAAAAUAAAAAAAGAGUAUAACUUUGAUGAAUUGAGAAGUUGAAAUGGUCUACGCAAAAAGAAUUGGAAGACUUUUUUUAUGGUCUCCAGUCUUGAAGUUCUACUGGUAAGAGUUAUGACUGAAGUUUGAAGACCAGAAAAACACAUUAUAUUCUCCAGUCUUAGUUCUCUACCGCCCAAAACUGUAAAGAAUCAAAAAAAGUUUAAAUUUUGGCGUUUGGGUAUUAUCAAGAAUCAGGUUUUUAGGCUUGUAAUCAUCAGUUGACACAACUUUCAAGAACCCUUUUUGGAUUCUUGGAGAUUUUUACUGGAAGGAGCAAAAGGGUUUGCAUUUUGGAUUCUGGUUAUAUCAAGAAACAGUUUUGUCUGGGGUGUAAAUCAUCAUUGAUUACCCUUUUUUGGUAGAAGCCUAAGAGUAAAGAAAGUUUCUGUCUUUUAAUCAAAUUGUGGUUUAUGGGGUUUUGAGAUUAGGACUUAGUUAACAAGUAUGGCUGCAAUCUUGAAAAGUCUUUUCCCUGUUUCUUCCUCAAAAAAGGAGGAUAAUUAUGAGGAGUUUGAUGUAGAAUACUCCUUUGCUGAGGAGUAUUCUGGUCCUCCUGUUAGUUAUGACAUUCCUCAGGUUGUUCCGGUUGAUGUACACCGGAUUCCAACUGCCUCAGUAGUUGCUACUGCUGCUAUGUUGAGUAGAAAUUUGUCACUACCAGUUAUUGAACCAAUUCUCAAGAGUGAUUCCAAAUUAAUCAAGAAUCAGAAGUCAAAGGAGUCUGAUUUAGAAUCAGAAUAUGUUGAGAAUGAUCAUGCCUAUAGAGGAUCAGAUGGAAUUGAAAGUUCUGGUACCUUAGGAUUUUCUGACAGUCAUGAUAACUCCCGUGAACUGUCAGGAAGUUCGGAUGUUGAGGACUUGGUAGAUGAAUGCAAGGAAGAAGUAAGAUUUGGGAGUCAUCCGAGCUCCGUUGGCUUAGAACCUGAGGAACCAAUUUUGAGCUCUCCAGAUGUUGCCUUAGAAGUAUUGUCUUGUGAAGAUUAUGAUGAUGAAGUUGCUGGCAACCAAGGUUGCAGAACAGCUGUUGUAACUUUCUGUGAAACUCAAUCAAGUGAUGUUUCUACCGACAGUGAUGAAGACGAGCCAGGAAUGUUUCCCGAAAAACCAAUAGUAAGCAGUGAUUCCAAGAAGUGUUUUCGGUGUCAUAAAGGGAAACGAUUCACUGAGAGGGAAGUAUGCAUAGCUUGUGGUGCAAAGUAUUGUAUCAAUUGUGUGUUGAGAGCAAUGGGAGCAAUGCCGGAAGGAAGAAAAUGCAUUACUUGCAUUGGUUACCGUAUUAAUGAAUCAAAGCGAGAUUCUUUAGGUAAGUGUUCUGCAAUGCUUAAGAGGCUGUUAAGUAAAUGGCAAAUGGAUGAGAUUAUGGAAUUGGAGAAGUCAUGUCAAGCUAAUCAGCUUCCACCCCAUCUCGUGAGCGUGAAUGGGAAACGUCUUUCCCUUAGAGAAUUGGUCGACUUGCAAAGCUGUGCAUAUCCACCAAAGAAGUUGAGACCAGGGAAUUACUGGUAUGACAAGGUGUCUGGAUUAUGGGGAAAGGAGGGACAUAAGCCUUGUCAGAUAAUUUCUCCCCAACUAGCUGUUGGUGAUACAAUUAAGAAAGAUGCUAGCAAGGGAAAUACAAAUAUUGUGAUAAACAAUCGAAAAAUUACGCAAGUAGAGCUGUAUAUGUUGAAGCUGGCAGGAAUAAACUGUGAAGGAGAUGUUUGUUUUUGGCUCAGUGCUGACGGAUCCUGCCAGGAAGAGGGCAUGAACAAUGUAGUUGGAAAAAUAUGGGACAAGACUACACACAAGCUGCUUUGCCAUGCUUUGAGAUUGCCUAUUCCUCCUGCGUCUGCAAAUUCUUCUGGUGAAGAAGUUAGAAAUGGAUUGGAUGCAGGUGACCCUUGCAGCACAGUUAGCAAAAAACUGAAUAAACUACUUCUUGCUGGUUGUGAUCAAUCGGGAACAAGUACUCUGUUCAAACAGGCCAAAAUUGUAUAUCGCGUUCCUUUCUCAGAAGAAGAGCAUCAGAACAUUACGUACACGAUUCAAAGAAAUUUGUAUAGAUAUAUUGCUAUACUCCUCGAGGGACGUGAAAGAUUUGAAGAGGAGUACCGUGUUGAAAUGAGGAAGAAACGGCUUGAUGAACCUGGCCCUUCAGCGCUUCCAGACCUGAUUGAAGAAGAGAUUAAAGAAGAGAAUGUCUAUUCCAUCAACCCUAGACUGAAAAACUUUUCAGAUUGGCUUCUUCAAGCUAUGAUGUUAGGAAAUUUGGAGGUCAUUUUUCCUGCUGCCACUCGAGAGUACUCAGCCGUAGUUGAGGAGUUGUGGAAGCAUAAAGCAUUUCAGGCCACAUAUCAGCGGAGAAAUGAGCUAGAAAUGCUUCCGAGAGUUGCCAAUUAUUUCUUAGAUCAUGCUGUUGAGAUUUCAAAGGUAGACUACAACCCUUCUGAUAUGGAUAAGUUAUAUGCUGAGGGCAUUACUUCGUCCAAUGGGGUAGCGUCCAUGGACUUUUCGUUCCCUAAUCCAACUCAGGAUAGUUACAUGGAGGCAGUUGAUCAGUAUUCAUCCUCAAUGAGGUACCAACUAAUAAGAGUACACGCGAGCUGUGUAGGGAAAAAUUGCAAGUGGUUGGACAUGUUUGAGGAUGUUGACCUUGUUAUCUUUUGUGUUUCCUUGACGGAGUACACCGAGUAUCUAGAAGACUACAAUGGAGUUUGCACAAACAAGAUGAUGGAAAGCAAGAAGCUCUUUGAGAAUUUCGUCAGUCAUCCAGCUUUUGCCCAGAAACAUUGCCUCUUACUAUUGAACAAGUUUGACAUACUAGAGGAAAUAAUUGAAGAGUGUCCCCUUUCUGAAUGUGAAUGGUUUCAGGACUUCAAUCCAGUGAUCAGUCGUCAUCCCAACAGCAAAACCAGCAACAACAACCCAUCGUUGGCUCAACGUGCUUAUCAUUACAUAGCUGUGAAGUUUAAACGCCUAUAUAAUUCCAUCACAGAGCGAAAACUGUUUGUUUCACAGCUAACUGCUUUAGAGGCUGAUAGUGUUGAUGGAGCUCUUAAAUACACUAGGGAAAUUCUUAAAUGGGAUGAAGAAAGGCGUAAAGUUAUGCGCGAUUGGACUACAGAAAGCCCUGAGGCUAGCACAACACUGGAGGCCAGCACAACUACAUAGUUACUAUCACUCUUUUGUUGAGUUCACUUUGCCUUUUAGCUGUACAUAGUUUACUACAUAGGAGGAAUUCACUUUACUAAAAUGUUGAGUUUUUUUCUUCUGCAACAAACAUGAGGCUCUCUUCUGCAUUUUGCAGAUACAAUCUUGUAA